AUGGCGGGACAGGCAUUUAGGAAGUCUCUUCCGCUCUUUGAUGGGGUCUUGGUGGAGAGGAACGCCACAGAAACGGUAACCAAGGGAGGCUUUAUGCUCCCUGCAAAAUCUCAAGGAAAAGUAUUGCAAGCAACGGUAGUAGCUGUUGGAUCAGGCUCUAAGGGAAAGGGUGGAGAGAUUCAACCAGUUAGUGUGAAAGCUGGCGAUAAAGUUCUUCUUCCAGAAUAUGGAAGCACUAAAGUAGUUCUAGACGACAAGGAUUAUUUUCUAUUUAGAGAUGGUGACGUUCUUGGAAAAUAUGUAGAUUGA